AUGCCACAUCCGACACAAAAGACAGCCCCGGCACUUUUUACGACUCGAUCGACUCGGCCGAAUCGAGCGAGCUACAAAAUUUCUACACGGCGACAUCUGUGGCUGGCAACAAGCCUUGUAGACAGAUACAUAUUCCAGCUUUUCCAGCUGGGUUUCCCUAACGCUUCUUUAUUAUUUUCUUACCAACGAGAGAAGGCUUAUGACGACGUAAUAAUGUACGAUUUCGCUAGGCAAGUCCUCGAGCCCAGGUUUAAUGGAAUGCCAUGGCAGGACAAGCACCCUCUGGCGACGGAACGGGUGGAUGAUGAAAUGGGAAUGCGAACGAAAAAACACAAAAGGGCAAGGAAAUGGAAGAGGGAAUGGAAUUUGGAAUCAAAGCAUCGCGCAAGACACGUAGUCCACAUUGCGAAGAUGGGCCAUGUGCCAGAACAAAUAUCUACCUCGUUUAGAGACCUAGUACUCUUUCCAGCUAGUUCUUGCAGUGGCAUUAUGCCAUGGGUAGACGAAGAGGCAAAAACAAAACAGACAGGAUCAGUUUAUUGGUCGGCCCAUUGGUUUUAUAUCAUGGCUUUUUUACCCUCCUUUUUUUCGAACAUGUUUCUUGCUUCGCGUAUGGUGGUCUUCUUGUUGCUUCCAUUCCAAUAA